GCUCACCCGUUCCGCAUUGCGUGCGCCCUCGCAGUCGAACGGCCUCGCCACCCCCGCUCCUCUCCUCUCGCCCAUGCCCGCCACCGCCGAAGAAGCUGCCAUGGCGGCCGGCGACACGGGCGCGCCCGCGGCGGGCGGAGCGGGGAAGGACGGCGAGCCCGAGUCGCCGCGGGAGCCGGACCCCGAUCACCACGCUCCGGUGUCGCCGGGCGCUUCCGAAGAGGAAGAGGGCGCCAGCGGCGCGGUCGAGGCGGGGCAGGACGACGACGCGCCUGACCCGGAGGACGAGCCGGAGGAGGGCGGUGACGCCACGGAGGACGAUAUGGACGAGGAGGAGGAGGAGGAGGAGGAGGGGGACGAGGACGAGGAGGACGCCCCGACGCACCUGCCGUUCGCGCCCGCGGAGGAAGAGUCACUUGAGGAGACAACUACAGUUGAUCCAAGCUAUACUAUCUCUCUUAUAAGGCAACUAAUACCUAAGGGAUCCAGUGUGGAGAAAGAGUUCAGGGAUUCAACGCAACCGGAUAACACGGAUCCUUCUGAGAAAAGUGACAAGCAGGGUCUUCCAGAAGAAAGGAGUGUCAGUCCUAAGGAUCAGUUGGAAGAGUGUGGUUGUAUUCUGUGGGAUCUUGCGGCUAGUGAACCUCAAGCAGAACUUAUGAUUAAUAACCUUGUGAUUGAAGUGCUUUUGGAAAACCUUCGUACGGCAAAUUCUUCUAGGGUGAAGGAACUUUGUCUUGGAAUCAUGGGAAACUUAGUCUGUCAUGAAUCUCUAGUUGCUGCAAUCUCUUUGAAAAAAGGUUUAAUUGCAACUGUCGUGGAGCAAUUGUUUCUAGAUGAUGUCAAAUGCCUUUCUGAAACAUUCAGGUUGUUGGCUGCCAUUCUUCGGUCCAGUGCAUAUGUUUCUUGGGCUCAAGCUCUUUUACCUGAUGAGAUUCUUUCACGUAUUCUACGGAUAGUUGGGAAGACAGAUAAUGCUACAUUACUUGAAAAGAUCAUUGACUUCCUAUCAACUAUCAUUGAUAAUCGAGAUGUGAUUGCUAUGCUUAUCCAGCCCUUGCUUAAACUGGGUUUAGUUGACCGUAUUAUUGGGUUACUAACAACUGAGCUUGAAAGAUCACCGGAUGAGAAGCUAGACAGAUCGGGUUCUCUUGAUUUGGUCCUUCACUUCAUGGAAGAAUUAUCAGCCAUACACUGUGUUUCAAAGGCAAUGACAUCGAAUGACCGGCUGAUUAAAGUGCUAGUUAACAUGAUCAAGUCGCCAGAUAAAGUUGAGGUUGCAAGCUAUUGUGCUUCGGUGGUGAUCGUAAUAUCAAAUAUUUUGACAGAUGGAAAGCAUUUGGUGCCUAAGAUAUCCCGUGAUUUACCGUUCCUGGAGGGCCUACUUGAAGUUCUUCCAGAGGUCCCUGAUGAUGACCAAGCUCGAUAUGCACUUUGGAGUAUCUUAGCGCGUAUUCUGGCACAAGUGCAAGCAACUGAGUUGAACUCCUCGUCCCUCGACCGGUUUGCGUCUCUGUUCUCAGGCAAGUUCGGCCUCAUCAAAGAUGACCUCGAGAAUCAGGUGGUUGAUGAAGAGAAGUUAACACCUGAGGAUGCUCUCCUGAAGGGAUGGAUAUCGAGAUGUCUCGUGGCAAUCUCCUUCUUCAUGGAGAGAUGGAUCGAGGAGAAGUCCUCCCAGGGGAAUGAAGACUCCAUCGGCAAUGCUCGGGAGGUGCUGAGCUACUGCCAGAAGGCGCUCAGCUAACCGGAAACUCCACUCCACUGACAAGCUUGCUGCGGUUUGUAAUCAACGCUGCUGACCUGAGAGAGAAUGUGGCAUGUGGCCGCUGUGAUUUUGGGACCGGGAGUCGGUUAUAACCUACUGUCGUUUUAGACUACGGCAACCUGUAAAGAAAAUCGGCGAAUGGAGAUUAACUAGGGGCAUGGGUGGGGAUAUACGAGUUUUGGGCAUGGUUGGGGAUACGAUUUUUUUGGGAGAUGUCCGAUUGCCAAGUUUGAUAAGUCGCAAAUUUGGUCUAAAUUUUUCGAGAACUAUUUCUGUCAUCCGAAUCGAUAUGUAAACCUGAGACAUAGAUGCAGAUGUGGUUUUCAUCACUACGUUUGAAUGCCACUUUUCUCUUA